CUCCCCGAGGUGCCGGGCAAUCUCACACUCCCUCCCCGCUCCACUCCAUGAGAGCAGCCUUUCCCAGGACCCAGAGGGCACCAGGAAUGUGGGGCAGAGAGCAGGGAGGCCAGCCAGAGACCAGGAAGUGAGGGAUCCCCCUGGCCCUCCCAGCCUGGCCUCCUUCCAGCCUCUGGUGCUGGUCCCCCUACCACCCCUUACUCCCUGCCCUUCUUGGGGCCGCUUCUGGGCCUCAGUUUCUCCUCUCCAAAAUGGGCAGACUCGACCCUGCCCCCUUCUCUUAGAUCCCAGGGGAACUCAUGCUCAUGAACGUUAAUCACAUGAUUUAUGUGGGACAAUUGGUGGUUUGUGUCAAAGGGACGCAAGGGCGCUGAAAACGGGAACUCGGUUGCUAAGCCCUCUCCUCUCACAUGAAAUUUUAGGACAAAGGAAGAGACUGGAAGUAGAGGUCCUAAGAAGCUGGAGCUCUCCCUCCUGUUCUGGGUCCCGCCCUGGCUCCGCCCUCUCCCACCACCCCAGGCUGCCAGCGCCUGUCACCUCUUCCAGUGCCCAGACAGGCAGUGGAGACGGCAGCAGCAGCAGCUGAAGCGGCGGCAGGAACAGGCCGGACUGCUCCCACGUGACCUGACCCUUCGUCCCCCAUGCCUGGCCAUCUGCAAGAUGCUGAGCCCUGGGUCCUGGCUGCUGCUGCUGCUCUCACUGUGGGGGCCGCUGCUUCGGAGGGCGGAGGCUCUGAGGGGCAGACGGCGGGGGAGCUGUACCUGCGCUGGGAACGGUACCGCAGGGAGUGCCAGGAGACCUUGAAGGCCGCAGCGCCCCCCUUAGGCCUCGCCUGCAACGGGUCCUUCGAUAUGUACGUCUGCUGGGACUACGCUGCACCCAACGCCACUGCUCGCGCCUCCUGCCCCUGGUACCUGCCCUGGCACAAGCACGUGGCCACGGGCUUUGUUCUCCGCCAGUGUGGCAAUGAUGGCCAGUGGGGACCUUGGAGGGACCAUUCCCAGUGUGAGAACCCAGAGAGGAAUGGAGUCUUCCAGGACCAAAGGCUGAUCUUGGAGCGGCUGCAGGUCAUGUAUACUGUUGGCUACUCCCUGUCCCUUGCCACCCUGCUGCUGGCCCUGCUCCUCUUGAGUGUCUUCAGGAGGCUGCGCUGCACUCGCAACUACAUUCACAUCAACCUGUUCACCUCGUUCAUGCUGCGGGCCGCAGCCAUCCUCACCCGAGACCGUCUUCUGCCCCCACCUGGCCCCUAUCCUGGGGACCAGACCCGGACCCUCUGGAGCCAGGCCCUAGGCGCUUGCCGCACGGCCCAGAUCAUGACCCAAUACUGCGUGGGCGCCAACUACACUUGGCUGCUGGUGGAGGGCGUCUACCUGCACAGCCUCCUGGUGCUCGUGGGAGGCUCCGAAGGGGACCACUUCCGCUGCUACCUUAUCCUGGGCUGGGGGGCCCCCGCGCUCUUCGUCAUUCCCUGGGUGAUCGUCAGGUACCUGUACGAGAACACGCAGUGCUGGGAGCGGAACGAUAUUAAAGCCAUCUGGUGGAUCAUCCGCACCCCUAUCCUCGUGACCAUCUUGAUUAAUUUCCUCAUCUUUAUCCGCAUUCUUGGCAUCCUCGUGUCCAAACUGAGAACGCGGCAGAUGCGCUGCCCGGAUUAUCGGCUGAGGCUGGCGCGCUCCACGCUGACGCUGGUACCCCUGCUGGGCGUCCACGAGGUGGUAUUUGCGCCCGUGACGGAGGAACAGGCCCGGGGCACCCUGCGCUUCGCCAAGCUCGGCUUUGAGAUCUUCCUCAGCUCCUUCCAGGGCUUCCUGGUCAGCGUCCUCUACUGCUUCAUCAACAAGGAGGUAGGGAGCCCCUGCCCGCCCGCUCGCGCCCUCUGGCGGCUGCGCGGAAAGGCGCGCUGUGCACCGCCUCUGAACGCGGUCCAACUGCAGGUGCAAGCGGAGAUCCGCCGAGGCUGGCACCGCUGCCGCCUGCGCCACAGCCUCGGCGAACAGCACCAUCCACCAGACCGCGCCUCCCGGAUCCUGCCCGAGGACCCUGGCCCUGGCAAGGUCCCCACCGGCCGCGCCCUGUCCUUGGGGACCCUCCCAGGGUCUGGGGAUGAGGCCAGCAGGGUUUUGGAAAGUUACUGCUAGGCAAUGGGUUUCCGGUUUCCAUUCAGUUAACACGUUAUUUAUUGAGCGCCUACUGAGUGCCAGGCUGGGCGUGGGGGGCGCUGGGGAAAUGGGGGAGAAUGAAACAAAACACCAGGUCCCCCCCGGAGUCCUGGAGCCCACAACUGGGUGAGGAAACAGAUGAAGACAAAACAUCAGGUUAGACACUUUGGAAUGGCUUAUGAAGGGAAAUUAGAAGGGGGCCUAAGGUGGUCAGGGAGGGCUUCUCUGAGGAGGUGAGAUUUAAGCUAUGCCUGGUAGAGGUGAAGGAGACAGCUUUGGAAAGAAUGGGGGGAUGAGAUUCUAAGCAGAAAGACCAGCAUGUUCAAAGGCCCUGUGGCAGGAAGGAGCUUGGUUUGUCUGAGGGGUAGAGAGGAGACCUGUGUGUGGCAGAAUGGAAUAAGUCAGAGCCAAGAGAUGGGGACAGAGAAGGGGCAGGGGCUUCAGAGUCUGGAUUUUACUUCAGGUGCAUUGAAGAUUCUUAGCAGGACCAUCUCAGGGGCUCAUGUCUUAAACAGAUCCCGCUGUUGUAUAGGCGAACAGACUAUUGGGCGCAGGGGUGGAUGCUGGGAGCCCAGUGAGGAGGCAACUGCAGGUGGCUGGUGGCCACAGGGAACUGAGAAGUGGUCAGAUUCUGGAGACAGCUAAGAGGACCCGGCGAUGGGUUUAAUGAAGAAAGUGCAUCCAAGAGAAGUGGCAAGGAGGAACUCCGGGUUUGGAAUGGUGGCGAAAGGGACAGGGAGAUGGAUUUGGGGUGGGGCAAACCAAGAGUGCUCUUGGACCUGUUAAACAAUGCCUGUAGGACACCCAAGGAGAAGUGGAUAUAAGGGUCUGGAGCUCCCAGCAGAUAGGAGCUGGAGAUAGAAAUGUGAGAGGCACUGGCGUCCAGAGAGGAGAAUUCUGGGUGGAGAUAUGAACAUGGGCAAUUUGGGGUACACCUCAGAGCUGAAACUGGAGAGGCCUCGCUUCCGUCCAGAGUGACCAGGACCACCAUUAGCUGGGGAGUAUGGGUGCAGACCCUCACUACCAUUUCACAGAUGAGGAUACUGUGGCUCCAUCCUGCUGCCCGACAGUUCAGACUGCUUUCGAGAUUAAUACUGAUGCCAGUGGGCGGCCCUUGGGCACUGGGAAAACUAGGAGGCCGGAAGCCUCGCUGUGGCUGGACCACCUAUACACAUGCGAGACCCUCCCUCCUUAAUUCCCUCCUCCACACACAUACUUAGAUUCAGUUAGUACUUGGGUGUUGAUUUUCCCUGGGGUCCCCAACUCCCUGGAAAAAUGUGCCCCAGAGCAGCUGAACUCAGAGCCUCCUCAAAGUUGUGACCUGCUGGGGUGGUGGCCCCAGGGUAGGGCCCUUGUAAAUAAAGCAUGAGAAAUAAUUAUUUGUCACAUUUUUUGAGUCGGAAGGACCCACUUUGAGAAGAGGGGCUGGGUGCGGCCAGUGGUGACCAGGACAGCACUGCUCCACUUCAGCCAAAUAUCGCCAAAGAAAAGGUAGACACUGUGCUGCCACUGUCCCCACUGCCUAGAAGCCCCAACCGGGAACGUUAUAUGUAA